CUGACAACUAAUUAUUUUCAUUCAAACCAAAUAACUCUUAUCCCUCGAACUCAAAUGCCCAGUGUUGUCGACAUGAACAACUCGGCAGAACAGCAACAGGGCGGACGCAUAACCAAGGCAGCAUUCUUCAGAGCUCGCUCUCCGCCUAUCCUUCCUCCCUCCGGCUUCUCUUCCAAGCGCGGACAACAAGAAGAACAAGACAACGUCGGCGACAGUUUGUUCGCGAGGUUCGACGCUGCUACUCGGCUGGAUUCUCCGUCUGCAUUUCCAUCAUCCGAUGCCGCCUACUGUGAGGAAACAGAUAAAUAUGAGGACGAUAACGUUACUAUUGCAGACAAGGCGAAGGGGCAUGGUUACGGAGAGAUAAGAGGAAACAAUGUCGACAAUAGCAACGAUCCAGACUAUAGCGCCACUUUCAAGCUUCCUAUUCGUGACAGCAUGUACAGCACAACACCCGCAACCGAUGGUCAUGAAUCUAUAUUGGACAGACCGAUAACCCACCCUGUGAAUCCGGCCGCACCCGUUCCUACCUCGGCAUCCUCAGAGUCCUCGCAAACUCCUUUUCAGCGUCAAUUAAGUCAGAGACAACAGCAAUACCAACAGAACUCCCAACCUCUGAAGCCAAACUAUCACACCCGACAAUCGUCUCGCUCUCGCUCAGUUCGUUCUACGCACUCCAGGCUACAAUCCCUUUCCAUGUCAGCGCAUGCCACCCACCAAACACCAGGAACAGCCGUUGUAUCAAACCACAGCCACGCCAAUGGCAAUGGCUUCUCGCAAAUGGCUUCACCGCAUGAUACCGAUUCUGGAUACGGUGAAAGCAUGGAGACCUACGAUAGCAAUCAAGGGAUGCAAAGGUCCCUGUCGAUCAAGGAUAAUGCAAGUAUGGGCAUUGGGGAUGGGUCGGAUGAAAUGCUUCUGACGUUGCUGGCUGGACAAGCCGUAAUGGAUACUCAGGAAAUGGGGAUUGGUGGAUGGGAGGAGGUUGAGGGUUGGAAAAAGGAGCUCUCAUUGCUUUCCAGCCGACUUGAAUCUGUGCAAGCCCGUCAUCAGAGGGAGAUAAAGAUCUUAACUGCUGCACGUGCUUUGCAGAAGUUGAAUGGUUCUAAUAAGCGUAUGUCAAAACAAACUAUGGAAAGUCUGGAGCAAUCUGAGAAGAGGGUGGAAGCUGCUGAGAAGGACCUUCUUGUAUUGCGCGAUCGAGAAGCAUCCCUGCGCCGACGGCUUCUCGAACAUUAUUCUAGCGUCAUGUCAUGGGAAGUUCGUCGUCUUACUCGCAUUACUACCGAUAUUCAGUCUCGGCUUGACAGUCAGUCUCACAAGCUUUCGACCUUUGAUCAGCGUGAACAAGAGCUUGUACGUCAACUAGACGAAGGAAGGGCCAAGACGGAGGAACUAGAAACGAUGGUUCUUGAGUUGGGAAGGCGCGAGAAAGGGAUUGAAGAGGAAGCUAGGGAGCUUGAAGCACAAAGGGAUGAUCUCGAAAGAGAGAAGGCGACUUGGGCUCAUGAAAGGGAACAACUUUUAAGUGAACGGCAGACCUGGCUUGAGCACAGUCGAGGGUGGAAUAAGCAGGUCGCAGAGUUUAACCAGGAUAGGCAUAAUUGGGCACAGGAAAAGGAAGCGCUUCUUGCAGAGAGGGAGAGGUUAAUGCAGAACGGUCAAACGUCGGAGCAAGACAGACAAAUGAAAGACCACGUGCGUACUGUUCUCGGAUCGUUGCGAGGACGGAGAGGAGAGCCUAUCCAAGAGGAGGAGAUCGUGCCCGCCUUUGAAGAUCUCAAGAAACUUUUGGCAGCCAGGGAGACAGAAGUACUCAGUCUGAGAGAGGAGAUGAGAGAAGUGAAUAUGGGUUUGGAAGAAGAGAUCAGGAGAGUGACAGAAGAUAGAGACGCUUGGAAAGCCAAGCUGGAAAAGGGAGAGGCCCUCAGAAAGGAAGAGGUGACGUCUUUGGAGAGGAGACUUCGGCAACAGCAAGACCAGAUCACAGACCUUACUCUCCGAAACGAAUCCCUUUCUGCAUCGCUGUCUACUGCUCAAAAGAACCUUUCCGGUCUGGCCUCGCCUACCACAUCUCAGGCUACCGACCAGCGUAUACAAGCGCUCACUACUGAGCUUGAGGAGAUUGCUUCGCAAUUUGCAUCUGUCUGGCCUCUUUUACCGCCUCGAUCCCUCCGAGAGAAAGCCGAUCUCAUUGACCCUCGCACUGGUUCUUCCAACCGAGCUCUUGCGUCCCCUUCCAACAACAUCAACGUUGAGGCUUUGCAAGAAUUAUACAACCCGCGUCAGGGGGAGGGGGUUGGGAGUAUUGCCGAAGCAAUUGAAAGAAUUAAGGGAUUGGUCCAGGAUGGGAGGCUUUUGGUGGAUAGAAUUGUGAGGAUGGGCAAGGAGCGGGAAGUAUUGAAGACGAACGCGGCCAAGGCGAAGAAACUAGUGGAAGAUAGUACGCGAAGCUUGGAAACUUAUCAGCAUCAAGUUGCCAUCUUGGAAGACCGUCUUGCCAAAUCCUCUCAAUCAGAGUCCAACUUCCUUGACGAACUCAACAGCCUCCAGAGCAGCCUUGACAAAGCCACCCAGGCCAAACGCUCUCUCGAGAAUCAACUGGUUGCCCAGACUGAGACGUGUAACCGCUUAUCAGAAGCCAAUGAUACUCUUUCGGCACGAGCGCUUGAGCUUGCGCAAGUCUCAGAGGACGAGAAGAAGGCGUUGGGCGGCAAGUUGAUGGGUGAAGUGGAUGAAUUGAAGAAGAAACUGCAAGAAUGCCAGGAGGAUGCGGAUGAGGAGAGGAACAAGUCUACUGGACAGAGGAUACAGUUGCUUGAUGAACUUAACUCGCUACAAGCGGAAGUUGCAGAUCUCAGGAAACAGCUCCGAGCCAAGGCUUAAUUGAUGGUCUUGCUUCAAGCCUCAAAAUGGAUGUGCUCUGAACGUGACCGAGUAUCGUGUUUUGUUUCAACGUUUUAUAGCAAUUUAAUGUACCAUGUUGUGUGGAUAAUGGCAGACACGUAGACACGAGCAAU